CGUAAAGCCACCUAUUGCCGGGUCUGCACGCAGGAACAAGCACUAAUGGAUCCAGAUGCGAUGCGUGCCGCCGUCGGCGUAUCGCUUGCCAGCGUGAGGAUGAGAGCUCGCCAUGUGCCUUGUGCAAACACCGCGGGCUGGAUUGCACUUUCUUAUCCAAACCUCAACGGCGCUCACGUCCACGGCCGACAGAAGGCCAACAUCAAAUAAGGAGUUCAAGUCCAGGUGACGAUCUCCUUCCUCCUGGCCAGCCUUUCCGGUCGCAGUCGACUUCCGGUUCACGGCUUCCACUGGAACCUGCAGUCAAGAGCACAACGUCAAUUCCAGGAUGGACAUGCCUCUGGUCCGGUCUUAGCGGCGACCAGAACCCGCACCUCUUACGACAUCUGGCCUUUGACGACUUGGACAUGUUUGGGGAUCAUCGGUGGAUGGUCUGGAGGGUUGACCCUCGCCUGAGGGGCGCAGCCUACCUGACGCUGUACCCUAAUCAACUUCUUGAUUGCAGUGCGGAUAUGUACGACUACAACGACAUUGACCGGGUCUUCAGCCCCUACCAGGAUGAGUUGAUCGAUGUGUACUAUGCAUGCGUCCACCCGUCUUAUCCCAUCCUGGAGAGACAGGAUGUGUUUCGCGCCCGGCGCAAUCAGAAACAGAUACCAUGUUCGCUACUCGCCGUCGUCUACAGCCUUGCCUGCCAGUUUUGGGACAAGUCUCCUGCCUUGCGCCAUCUCAGCUGCCCCAAUGCCACAAGGCUCCGACCCUAUAUCUAUUCGCUUCUGACCGUCGAGAUCCGAGCCCCCAACCUGAAUGUCCUCCAGGCGAUGUUAUUGUACUUGCAGCUUCCACCUCUCAUUAUUCGGGAAUCCAACCAUCCAGGUCAUUGGGCAAUGACUACGCUCACUGUUGCCAUCGCACAGGACAUUGGACUUCAUGUUGACCCUGACACAUGGAAGAUUUCGCUACAGGAAAGAAAGCUACGCCGAGUUUUGUGGUGGGCCGUCUAUGUCCACGACAAAUGGAUCUCUCACUGGUUGGGACGGCCAUCGCAUAUCAAAAAGGGAGACUGGACUGUCGAGUCCCUGACGCUGAGGGAUUUCGCCAACGCGGAUGACAUGCUUUCCGUAGAUGAAGUUGUUCAGGGAAAGACCUUCAUGGCCUUGUGCGAACUGUCAGAGAUCCUCUCCGAGGUGCUGGACAGCUUCUACAGCAUCCCCUCCAAUGUUGAGGAGAUGAACAUUGACCAGAGCGCCUCGUUGGUCCAGAAAUUCGUGCAUCGGCUCCAGAGUUGGCGGGAGACGAACGGCUAUCUGCGGCUGCCGGAAGUCAGGGCGGCAAGCGCGUACACGACCGCGUUCGCUGGCUACACUGUGGAAACCCUCGUGCGCAGAGCCCAAGCUGCAACGUUGCCAGGGGAAGUUGGUCUUGACGACAGCGGCCAUCUAAUGACAAGUAUGAUGAAACGAGUCUUUGAGAUGAUGCGCGACAUACUGGAGAACCACCCGCUGCAGAGCCGGAUGUGGUUGAGCUACAACAGGGGCAACCUAAUGACGAUGGGAUCUCACCUCAUCACCAUGGUCUUGAGGAGCACAAACGAUGAAGAGCUUGAGGCGCGUCGCGGCACUCUCUUGGAGUUCCGUGGCUACCUGGGCAAACUUGCCGAGGACAAGCGAGAUUUCGAGUUUGCUCGGCUGCCGCUCCGGCGCCUGAAUUUGAUCAUAUCGGAGCUUUUUGGAAGGGAGGAUGAGCUGGUGGAAAACAUAGACCCCGGAGAAGCCGACGAUCUGUCAGGGGCUAAGAGUACUUCUGCGAUAUGCAGAGCCGCGUUCAAUGUCGUUGUAGCCCCCACGCCGCCUUGACGAAUGCUCUAUUUGAAAAAUUAGUACGAGGCACCCCGACCUCAGUAUCUCGGCACCCUUUGGUUUUCUGCCGUAGAUGCAAUAUUCAGAGCCAAAGGAGCUGGGAGGCUCGAGAUGGCUAGUAGGCUGCGACACCUGAUUUUUUCAUUGUACGAUGUUGACUAUAUAGGGGAAAAAGAAGAGGAUCAGGAUGUUCUCAGCAGUCUAGGUGAGCGUUGGAUUACGGCCGUGUCUAGACCUCGCAAUUGCAACUCCUGUGUUGCAAGGACACCACUGGCGACAGUGUCGUGGCCACCUCCUUCUCAUGUGGUCUAGAACGCGAUUGUAUAGACAUUUAACAUAGAGCCGGUCACCAAUCAAUCAAUCCAUCCACCGUUUUUAC